CACCACUAAACGAACCCCUGGAGAACCUUCACCUCGAACUUACAUCCAUUGCCAUCCUCGCUCGGAUAGCGAUACCGCGUCGAGGUCCAAGAUGUUGUCCUUCAUAUUAAUACAGAACCGACAAGGCAAGACGCGGCUAGCGAAGUGGUACGUGCCGUACAGCGACGAGGAGAAGAUCAAGCUGAAAGGCGAGGUGCACCGCCUAGUUGCGCCGCGCGACCAAAAAUACCAGUCCAACUUCGUCGAGUUCCGCAACUACAAGAUCGUAUACCGCCGGUACGCGGGUCUCUUCUUCUGCGCCUGCGUCGACACCAACGAUAACGAGCUCGCCUACCUCGAGGCCAUCCACUUCUUCGUCGAGGUCCUCGACGCCUUUUUCGGUAACGUCUGCGAGCUCGAUCUCGUCUUCAACUUCUACAAGGUCUACGCCAUCCUCGACGAGGUCUUCCUCGCCGGCGAGAUCGAAGAGACCAGCAAGCAGGUCGUCCUCACCCGCCUCGAGCACCUCGAUAAGCUCGAGUAGCACGUUUCGGAUACCCGAGGAAAGAGUCUGAAGUGUUUCUAGAGGGGUGCCCAGAGGAAGAUAAACAUGCAGAGAAUUCCUGUGUAUAGGAUAGGUUGAGCUUGCGAAUAGCUCUUCUGCUAGGCAGAGGCGUAUGGCGUUUUGGCAAAAUUGGAAUUGGGCAGCAGGUCAUACUCUCGCGAGCACGCACGCAUAUCUAUUUAAGCAUUGUUUCCUCCUGGAUCCCGGACCAGCCGUCGUAUUCAUCGCGUAAUGUGGCUUGAUAUCCUACGAACGGUUCAACGACCUCCGAGUCUUGUUAAUGCAACAUUUAUUAAAUUAAAUUAAUUAAUGCUAUGAACUAAUGCUAUGCUGCUGGUACUUAGAUAGCUCUCCGUCUGACUCAUUUAAGUCCUGGGAAUAGCUAAGAUAUAAUCGUCAGCUAUCUCAGCAAGAUCUAUGAUUAUGGAAACGGGAAACAUUAACUAAGCUCAGUAUCAGCAUCCUUUGCAUAUAAACACCUGUCUUAAUAAAUGCGUAGGCGUCCUGGCAAUAUGUAUAGCAAGCACGGGAUAAGGGGACAAAAAUGGUCGCAGAGCUUGAUGCUAUAAAGACAACGCAUAAUGUAUAUUCGGAAGGUCCCGCAAGUACGAAAAGGAACAGAACUCAAGCCGCAACCACCACCACCAUAUCGGUGUUUAUCACUUUAUCGUCCAGCUUGGAGGUUAGAUACGUUUAGUAUCGG